AUGGCAAAGGAGCCCCGAUCUUAUGGCGGCGGAAAGUUUUCACAAUAUGGCUACGAAGCAUCCUCAGGUUCUGACGAUGGAACAAACUCGUCUCGAGACUCUGCCAUUUCCGACCUAGAUAUAUUCGUUGACUCCGGCCCAGAAGUCUGCAGUGACAUCGAGCUAGAAAUUCGCAAAAAUAUGGCCCCUGACGUGCUGGAACGUCACGGAGGAUACUGGGACACCCGGUCGAUCGAUGAUUGGAACCUUAAAACGGUCAACUACGGAAUCUUCAUCAUCACCGGCGAAUACCGUACAUUUGUGUCGGGCAAUUUCCGCGUCAGAAAAGAACCACAUGCCCUGGAUUUUCUAGAUUGCAGGUACGGAGAGGAUCUCGGCGUUGAGUCUUCGCAUGACUACAUUUGCAUUAGCAUUACUGGAGCAACAUUUCCGGACGACCUCUUUGAAAAUCUCUCCAGGUAUCUCAAUCCCAAAGCUACCAUCGACGUUCAAUGCGGCGGAUUAAUUGCAUCACCCGCGGAGUCCCAUGACAGUCUUUCCACGGACGAAACCUUGGCCGGAGAAGAUAAAGAUAUGGUACAGAGGGUCGAACAUUCCAUGGAGGAAGCUGGGCUUGUGCUUCGGAGCAGAAGGACACAUCAUAUACCCAGCGCAUCAACAGUGGCGCGGACAAUUCAGACGGGAGACCUAUGGAGCUUGCCGAGAGUAACAGGCGGCGUGUAUAGGUAUCUUUCUACCUGGCGAAACCUUCACAAAGAAGUAGGCGUGGACACGUUACUGUACAUCAUUCGAGCCAGCGCGCCGCGAAUGAAGAGAUCCAGAGAGGAUUCCAUUGAUGAGGCUGGACCGAAACGACUUCGCUUGUCGGCUGGUGAGCAAGACGUAACUGAGAGUUGCGUCUCCGUGGGCCUCGAUGCGUAA